AUGCAAUAAGAUAUCUAAACACCAGCAUCUUAAAGCCAGAAAAGCAGUUCUCUUUUAAGAUUUCUGUUUUAAAAUUGUGGGUUUGACCAAAAUACUACCAAAAAAGUGCUUGAAUAGCUCUAAAAAGAUGGGGUGAAUGAACCAUCUUAAUUAAGAAGUUUCAGCAAUAAAUAACUAGGAGACGCUGGGUUCACAAAAGACAUAGCCUUUAAAAUAUUUACUGCUCUUUUUGAUUACGAAGAUGAGGAUUAUGAUAAGCAUUCAUCUAGCCAGAUUAAUAAAGAAUAGACGUGCCAAUAUCAACCUCAAGAAAAUUCUAUUGUGCAAUAAAAUGAAAUGUCAAUCCAUAAUGAUGAGGAAGAAGAGAAAUCAUCCUUAAUGAAUGAUGAUCACAAUGCAGCCUAAAUAAUUGAACUAAAAGAACCAGAAACAUUCUAAAUCGAUACUUCAACAAAACAUAAUGGAUAUAAUAAUGGCAACUAUACCAACAAUGAUACUAGCUAGAAUGGGAUUGAAGAAGAAAUAAAAUAUAAUGUACAACAAACUCAUUAAGUGUAAAAUUAGAACGAUUCCAUCAAUGAUGAAGAAAUUUAAUAAAAAUAAAGCCGAGAAUCUCAAUAAGUCAACAAUAAUCAAAACUAGUUAAAUCUACAUGAUCAAAUUUUUGCUCUAUAAGAUAAAAAGUCUAAUUAAGAGAAUAUACCAACCUCAAAUGUGAUUUUCGAGAGUUGCAUUGAUUAGGGCUCAGAGUACAAAAUGUUUAAAAUGAGAACUAAUAAUGAAGCUCUACAAUUUUUGUUCACAAUUAUGAAAACAAAUAAAAUUAGAGUUGUAGGAUUUUAUGGAGAUUUUUAAUUGUGUGUCUAAGCAGCACUUAACUUCAUAGAUAGUAUUGAAGACAAAGAUUAUUAAUAGGAAUAAUUUGAUGAGGGUAUAGUUUUCUUAAUGAACAAGCAAUUUAAUGUAAAAUUAGAUAACUAGGAGAAUAUUAAUGAUAGCUAGCCUUAAAAACUAGCCCUAAUUUUAAAGACUGAUCCGUAGCUAUUCAAGUUUGACAAUGAAGUUGAUAACAAUAAUCUGUUCUCAACAUACAUCAGAAUAUUGAUAGAUACUUGUGAAACUAUUGUUUGCGUGCCUCCUAGUUCUCUCAUCUUAAACCCUGAUUUGAGAAAUCCAUAUGAAGUACAUGUAAAUCUUGGGUUUUAAAUGUAGUAAGUAAUUGUGAAGCCAGAUGAGAAAAUGGCUUUUAAACCCAUAUAAUAUGGUGGGUCUAAAAAUUAAAUAGACUACUCAGACUAAAAUUUCUGUUGCUAUCCGGAUAAUUCUAAGUUUAUUGCUAUGCCAAUUUUUAAUUCAAGAUAAGUGGAAAAGUACUUCUAAUUUUCACAUUUUGUCAACUUUAUUGAAGGUAAAAAGUACAAUUCAUACUCAAAAAGUUUAUACAAUUAUAACUAAAUAAAGGAAAAUGUACUACUCUCGUGGCCGUAGGACCCGAGUAGAUUUUAAUCAUAAAAUGUUUAAUUCAAAAGAGAGCUUGAGCAAAAUCUUAAAAUUCUUCUUUCAGGAUUUGUUAAUGCAUAAAAUAAAGAUUAGGUUAACGAAUUAAUUAAAAAAGCCUAGGAUAGAUUUACAUCAGAAAGUCUUCAAUUAAAUCAAAAUUUCAAUUCAGAUUUCAAUAAACUUGUAAUGCCUUUUUACAAAGAGUUCUAUGACAGCAUUGGAUCAAUUUCUUGCAAACAUUUUUAGUUAGUAAUCAAACAAAUUUAAGAAAAUCUUAGAAUGAAUAAAGAAGAUAAAGAAUAGAAUCAAGUUUAGCUGUCUGAGAAAAAAGGUUUUGUUUCUAGUUUAUUUGGAUUAUUUACCAAUUAAAAAGUCUAAGCAAAUGAUCAAAUAAUUAAUCUUGAAUGCUCUCUGUUAUGCUCAAGUUAUCAAAUAUAAAAUCUUUAAUACUCUUACUAUAUUCCUCGAUACGAUAACAUUUAAUGGAAUAUUCUUGAAUAAUUUUACACUGACAAUAAAAUUUAAGAUAGGAGAAUCAACAUUCACAAACAUUAAGAUAAAGCUUUUGUUGAGUUUAUUAAACAACUAAGUCAAAAGAUAUAAAACUUUUAAAAAGAGCGAUUAUAGGAUAAGAGAAUUUUGAUGACAUCUUUAAGGUAAAAUAUUUUAGAAGAAUUCUUUGCGAAUGUCACAGAUUUGAUUUAAACUAAAACGGUUACUAUUAUUAACUCAGUCAAAAUAUCUUUUCAACAGUUUAAUAUAAUAAGAGAUAGCCAGCAUGAAAUAUCUGAAUGGAAUUAAGCUAAAUUGCUUUCAUCUCUUCAAAUGGAAUUCGGCAAAGAAUCUCAAGGAAUUAUUUCAUUGAAAUAGAUCUUUUUCACUUCAGAUUCAUCAGGAUUGAUUUUAUUUGGAAACACACCUGAACACAAAUCUUCAAUUUAUUACUUUAACAUCGGCAAUAAAAUGCAGGUAAUGUUUACUCAUCACUUAACAUUAUCAUCUGAUGAAUCUAACUUAGUGGUAGAUUCAUCCCUCAAAUAAUGGUUUACAUAUGAUAAUAAGUAAAGGAGAACAAAUCUGGGAAAAUUAGAUAAAUUAGGAAAGAUUGAAGAUGGAUCUCCUUUAAACAUUUAUGAUUAACAAGCAGAUGGAGAACUAGUUACAGACAUUAUUGAUGCAAUAAUUAUUCCAUUUGGAAACAAAAUUUUGCUCUUGAAUCAAAAUCAUAGUCUGUUUGAAUAUCGUUAUUAGCAAAGAAAUUUAACCAAGAUAUUUAAGAAGUAUAAUAAGGGUGGUAUAGGAGUUAUUAAAGAACAAAUUAAACCUACAGGUGAUGAAUAUUACGAAAAAAUAUUUGUUAUAAGUGAUGGCAAGAAUAUUAUACUGAAAGCUUAGACUUAGAUUGAUAUUUUUGAUUAAAAUUGGAAUAGAGUUAAGAAAAUUGAAUUUGAAAGAUAAAAUUUCCUUUUCUGCAAGACAUUUACUGAUAAAAAUUGCCAUUUCUUAAUCAUAUUCUACCAAGAUACUUAAUAAUGUUACUAAAUAUAAAGUCUUACAGCAUCAAAGUAAUUCUAGUACUAAAUCAAUAAUGAUAAUCAAGUUGAGAAAAGCAAAGGUAAUCCAAUAUUAGAUAAUGUAUAUCAAGCUAUUCAUAAAUAUGGCCCUCAUUCCACUUUAAAUGGAUGUCCUUCUUAAACUAGACUUAUUUUUGCGAAUCAUGAAUCUAAGUUUGACCCUCAUCAUCUAUAACAAUAUUUUGAAAGCUUGAGAGUAAAUGAUGUCAGAUUGGAGGUAGUAAGUUACAAUAUUAAUGAAUAUAAGGUGAAGAAAAUAUUGUUAGACUUUAGAUAUUCGAUUGAUAAAUCUGAUCUUAAGUUUAUCUUAUUGAGUAGAAUUCCAUUGCAUUUGGCAACAAUCGAAAAUUCUUCUUUAGUGCCAUUAAGAGAUGGAUAGAAUAUCUCGGAUAAAAUAGCAGACAGCAUGAUAUCCUCAUCAUCACAGUUUGAUGAAGCUUAAUUUGAUUUACUCGAAAGAGUAACAAACUUGGUAAGAUUUGGAAUUUACGAAGACUACCUCAUGUCAACUACCAACGAUAUUAAAGUAGUAUCAAUUGUCGGAAGAUAGAGUUCAGGUAAAAGCUACGUUAUGAAUAGAAUAUUCGGUACUAGAUUCAAUGUAGCAGCAACCAGAUGCACUGACGGUAUAUGGAUGUCUUUUGUUGAACUUAAAGACUCUUUAGGAAUUAAGAGAUAAUUUUUAGUUUUAGAUUGUGAAGGCCUUUUUUCAACCAGAAGAAACUAAAUUGAGGAAAUUAAGCUUUGUUUAACUUUAUCAGCAAUCUCAGACAUGAUGAUCCUCAAUUAAGACCUUGCUUUUAGUAGACACUUGAAUUAACUAUUCACAAAUUUUUCAAAGAGUAUGGGUAGGAUCAAAGGUUAGAAGCUAUUUAAGGGGUCCCUAAUGAUGAUGAUAAGAGAUGUGCCAUUUAAAGAGCAAGAACAAGCAUUCACCGAGUUACAAUCUAAUGUAUUGCAACUCUAGGGAAAUACUGAUAACUAAGAAGAGAAUUUCCUGAGUCAUAUCUUCUAGGGCAGACUAAUGGCAAAAACAAUGGUUUAUUUUGAGUAACCAGAAUUCAACAAAGAUAUCAAAGAUUUCAGAGAUCUAUAUAUCUUCAGAAUGAAUGAUAAAAGAUGGGUUAACGGAAGAGAUUUGACUGAAAGCUUAAAAAUUGUGUUGACACAGGUAUUUUUAGACGAUGAUACCGACACGGAUAUUCAUAAGAUGAGACUAUCUUGUGAUAAAUCUUAUUCUCAAAGCAUCCAGCUAUUCUUUAAGUUUGAUCGCAAAAUUGAAGUUGAAGGACAAAUUUAUGAGCAGGAGUUUACCAUUGAUGGAAAAGUGCAUAAACUUUAGAUAUAGUAAAAUUAGAUGCAGCUGCAAUAAACUGAUGGAGACACUUUUGAAUUUGAUAAUGAUAAUCCAUAGCUAAGUGUUGAAUUCUUCAAAAUAUUUAUUGAUCAAACUCUCGAGUACUCUCAAAGAAUCCAUAAUGAUUGGAUGAACUGUUUCUCAUAGUAUUUGGAAGAAUUCAUGAACCAAAGAAGGAUGAUAAUCAAGUAAUACUUCCAUCAGCAGGUCCUUUAAGAUUAAGAAGAGUUUAAAGAAAUCAUUGAAAACUAUGAGCAAAAAUUAAUGCAGCAACUUGAUCAGUUUAUUCUAAAAAUGCUUUAUUGUAGAAAGACUUGCAAGGAAUGCAAAAGAGUUUGCAAUCUGUAGCUGGGUCAUAAAAAUAACUGUAAUUGCUCCACUGGCCAUAUAUGCGAGGACCUCUGCGAAGUAAAUCCUGAAUGCAGAGAAAGGAAUUAUCUAUGCACGAGUGUCUACGGUCAUCUGGGUAAGCAUUAAUGCAAUGAUGGAAAUCAUAAAUGUUCAAGUUUAUGCUAAGUUGAAAAUUGCAAACACCUCUGUUAAAAAGAAAUUGAUCACUCAUAGGAAGAGCCACAUCAAUGCGGUAACAAGCAUCAAUGCUAAGUUAUAUGUCAAGAUGAAAUUUGCGAAAGAACAUGUUGA